CGCUAUAAAGAAGGCGCUGUCCUUUCUGCGGGGAACGCUCAUCGGAGGACGGUCGACGCAUCAGCUCCGAGAAACCGCCGCCGGCCGCCGCACUCCAUGGCGUCCUCCACCGUGAUUCCGCCGCCUUCCUCGGCGUCCUCCUUCGUCGCCGGCAAGAAAGAGUAUGGCCUCUCCGGAUUCCUCGCUUCCCAGCCGUUUUCCUCCGGGAGGUCGCGGAAACCGGCCGCGAAGAAGAUCGUCUCCGUCAUGGCGCCUCGGCAGACGGAGCGCAAGCCCGCCGCCACCGGCUCGGUGAAAAAUGCGAUGACGAUGACCGAGAAGAUACUGGCUCGGGCUUCCGAGAAGUCGGAGCUGAGUCCCGGGGAGAAUGUCUGGGUCGAUGUCGAUGUUCUGAUGACGCACGAUGUUUGCGGCCCCGGUUCUUUCGGUAUCUUCAAGAAGGAGUUCGGUGAGACUGCUAAGGUCUGGGAUCGCGAAAAGAUUGUCAUCAUUCCUGAUCAUUACAUUUUCACAAGUGAUGAACGUGCUAAUCGCAAUGUGGAUAUUUUGAGAGAUUUUUGCAAAGAGCAGGAUAUCAAGUACUUCUAUGAUAUCAAAGACCUUAGUGACUUCAAGGUUAAUCCAGACUACAAGGGUGUGUGUCACAUUGCUCUAGCCCAAGAAGGUCAUUGCAGACCUGGCGAGGUUCUGUUAGGUACUGACUCUCACACCUGUACUGCUGGAGCUUUUGGCCAGUUUGCCACUGGUAUUGGCAACACUGAUGCUGGCUUUGCGUUGGGGACUGGGAAGAUCCUGCUCAAGGUGCCUCCUACAUUGAGAUUUGUGAUGGAGGGCGAAAUGCCUGAGUAUUUGUUGGCGAAAGAUUUGAUUUUACAAAUUAUUGGAGAAAUAUCAGUGUCUGGUGCCACCUAUAAAUCAAUGGAAUUUGUUGGUUCUACUGUUGAAAGUUUAAAUAUGGAAGAGAGAAUGACAUUGUGCAAUAUGGUUGUGGAAGCCGGGGGUAAGAAUGGUGUGGUACCUGCAGAUAGCACAACGUUUGAGUACCUUAAGGAUAAGACAUCAAAGCCCUAUGAACCGGUUUACAGUGACGAGAAAGCCAGAUUUCUCUCUGAGUACCGUUUUGACGUCUCAAAGUUGGAGCCCUUGGUUGCAAAGCCUCAUUCUCCAGAUAAGCGUGCCUUAGCCAGAGAAUGCAAAGAUGUGAAGAUAGACAGAGUAUACAUUGGAUCUUGUACUGGGGGUAAAACUGAGGAUUUCCUAGCUGCAGCAAAAGUUUUUCUGGCUUCAGGAAAGAAGGUUAAAGUUCCCACAUUCGUCGUUCCUGCUACACAGAAGGUGUGGAUGGACGUAUAUACCCUCCCAGUACCCGGAUCUGGUGGCAAAACUUGCUCCCAGAUAUUUGAAGAGGCAGGUUGUGACACGCCUGCAAGUCCUAGCUGUGGUGCUUGUUUAGGUGGCCCUAGAGACACUUAUGCUCGUAUGAAUGAACCCAAGGUCUGUGUAUCAACAACUAACAGGAACUUCCCUGGGCGUAUGGGCCACAAGGAAGGCCAGAUUUAUCUAGCCUCCCCGUUCACUGCAGCUGCGUCUGCUUUGACCGGUUAUGUUACUGAUCCCAGAGAUUUCUUGCAGUAAACAGUGGCAAUGAUGAAGGUGGCUAAUCCAUGCACUACCGCUCCUUAACUCAUAGGUUAGAAUCAGUGCGGAUGGUAGCUGUGUUAUGUUGUGCAUCAUAUUAUUCGGGUGUUUCUAAAUAAGCUUUUGUACCGAGAGAGGACACUUUCAAGGGAUUGAUGUCUAUGAGCAGUAACGCUUAUAUAAUACGACUCGAUAGGAAGUACGUGGUUUUGUUGCAGAUGUGUAAGGAGGAACUGUUAUUUGGCUUUGAAAUGAUAAAAAGAUCAGAAGAUUAAUCU